AUGGAGUACUGUCAUUGGAAGCGAAUGCAGAUGAUGCCUAGCAAGCUGCGCACAAGGAACGAAGAAAGAAAAAUGAAAAAGAUUAUCGAAGAAGAAACGACGAAAGGAGCAUGUGAUAAAUUGAAAAGCUUGUACAGUGGAUAUGAAAAAAUGAAAAGGGUGAAGUUGCAGUCAUCGAGAAAGCAAUUCGAGAUGACUCAGAUGGAGAAAGAUGAAUCAGUCUUGGAAUAUUUUUCACGUGUGGUGCUAUUAGCAAACCAGGUGAAGUCGUGUGGUGAAUCAAUCAACGAUUUGCAGAAGAUUGAGAAAGUAUUGAGAUCUCUGACUGUAAAGUUUAAUUACAUUGUAGUGUCGAUUGAAGAGCUCAAGAACCUAGAUAAGAUGAAGUUAGAAGAACUUCAAGCUUCAUUAGAGGCUCAUAAGAUGAGGUUGAAGUAG